AUGCCUCCGCCAGGGCGUCAAGGCAUGAACCUCAGUGACGCCCAGGUUACGGCCUCUAAUCGAACUGUCAACGCCUUCCUCGGUGGUCCUCGGCCAGCAUGGAUAACCCCCAAGAUUAGGCAUACCCAAACACAACCACCGCAACCUGCCUUUGUCGGUGGUCGGCAGCCUCCAACGACAUCCAGAUUACAAGGCCCUCCCCCGUCAAACAUCGAACGAGACCCGUUCCCUAGAAUAUCUCAGCAGAAGGGCACUGCGGCAGGUCCAAAAAUUGCCACAAACAGCGCUUCCAUCGCCAUCCCCCACAGACGAGCCAAGUCCUUCAUCUACGACUCCCCUGGCAAGUCCUGCCCCGGGUUCUUUUACAUUUGA